AUGAUGGAGAGGAUAAGAAAAGAGAUGAUAUUGAUGGAGAGAGGUCUCCACAGUCCUGUCGCCGGGAAGAGGCUCGCAGACACGCCUGGAAAUUCAGUGCUGGAGGCCCUGGAAAACUCCCAGCACGGCGGACGACUAAGCCCGAGAAUAACUUCCGCUUCCCUCCAUGGAAAUCUUGGGGACAUCCCGACGAAAAGCAAAUUUGAAAUUGACAGUCUUUUCGGUACACACCACGGCAGUGAAAAUUCUUCCUCGGCGGAGAUUUCCUCGUCAGAAAGCAGGAAGAAAAUGAGCCUUUACUCCGAAGUUUCGCAAGAAUCAGAUAUUAACAGUGAUGUGGAAGUGGGAUGCCCUGCGCAUCGCUCCCCGAGCCAGCACAAGGAAAACAAUAAAGGUUUUUCAGACAGUAGCUCUGGAUCUUCCAACACAAGCUCAAACUCCCUCCAGAACAUGAACGGUAAUUCAACGGGGGGAUCAAACAAUUCAAAUACCGAUCAAGUCAGAAGGUAUCGGACUGCUUUCACCAGAGAACAAAUCGCAAGACUGGAAAAAGAGUUUUACAGGGAAAAUUAUGUUUCGAGACCGAGAAGAUGUGAGUUAGCGGCGACGCUAAAUUUGCCCGAAACUACAAUUAAGGUGUGGUUCCAGAACAGGCGGAUGAAGGAUAAAAGGCAGCGUUUGGCGAUGUCCUGGCCCCAUCCAGCAGACCCUAGCUUCUACACUUACAUGAUGACGCACGCGGCAGCUACAGGAAGUCUACCUUACCCUUUCCACUCGCACAUGCCUCUACAUUACUACCCGCACGUCGGUGUCACGGCAGCAGCAGCGGCCGCCGCCGCCACCGGUGCCGCCUCGUCACCUUUCGCCACUUCCAUCCGCCCCCUCGAUACCUUCCGAGCGCUCUCCCACCCAUACUCACGGCCAGAGCUCCUAUGCAGCUUCAGGCACCCGGGACUCUACCAGUCGCCUGCAGGCCUGAAUAGCUCGGCCGCUGCAUCCGCGGCGGCGGCGGCCGCGGCUGCGGCGGCUGCGGUCAGCGCUCCGUCAGCCACCGGGCCCUGUUCGUGCCUGAGCUGCCACAGCAGCCAGGCGGCAAGCGCAUUGGGCUCCAGGAGCGCCAGCGCUGACUUUACCUGCACAGCUUCCGGGCAAAGAUCCGAGAGUGGAUUUUUGCCGUAUUCUGCUGCGGUUCUAAGCAAGACUUCAGUCCCGUCACCAGACCAGCGAGAAGAAACUUCACUUAACAGAUAA